AUGUGCGAGGGCAUCGUGAAGAAAAGUGAGCUCGUCCUUUGGAAUGGUAGUCAGGCGAGCCAGGUGGAGAGCUGUGCAAUCUGCCGUGAGGCCUUUCAGGUCGGUGUGGACAUUUGCAGAGUUCUGGAUUGCACACACAUCUUCCAUGCCAAGUGCAUUGACAUGUGGUUUGUGAAGGCAUCCUCGUGCCCGCUCUGUAAGAACGACCUGAAGCUGUGUGGCAGGAACAGUGCCUCCCAACGUUCUCUGGGCAGGUCCUCGCAGACCUCGUCCAACAUGUCCCUGGGCUCUGCGUCCCUGCGCUCGGGGCAGAUUUUAGUUGGCCACUCCAACUCUGAUCCGGCCUUGCUGCGGGCUUUGCACCCGGAGGGCCUGGGUCUCCUGCGGCGCAGCUCGCCGCCACCAACCCCGGACCGCCAUGCUGGCAGCGCGCCUUCCUUGGCGAUCACGUCGGACAGGUCCAUGGAGGUGAUCUCCAUCUCCCGCUCUGAGCGCUCCAUUGCGUUGCUGUCGGAGAGCUCGUCAGGCUUGCUACCUGCUGUGCAAGAGGGCUCCGAAGAGACCAGGAUGGCACUGGAAGGAUCCACGCCGCCAUCGCCACGCAAUGUCGACCUUCGGCAAACCUCGCACGGGAGUCGGAUGCUGCAGUUUCAGCUGCCAGAAGGGGGCUCCGCUGCCUCCACAGCGCGAGGGCCGCCUUCGUCCAGACUCUCUGCAGGCGAUCCGUCGCAGGAGGAGGCUGUGGAGGAAGACCAGGAGGCACUUCAGAAGCCUACCUGGCUGGCCGACCCACAGAUGCUGGAUGGGCGGCAGAUUUCGACCACAUCGGACGAAUCACAGAGGGCAGGGGAGGCGGUUAGACCUCCCGUUUUUUCGCCACAGCGGCUGCAACAAAGGCUGGAGGUGCACCAGUUCAUGUCGGGGCAGCAACCAGCUGCGGGCCACGCCUGGUCAUUGACGCUGCCGGCAUCCGUGUCGCAGUGCCGGCUGCAGGUCGAGGCGCCGAAAGAGCGCCUUUGCGCCAUUUCCAGCCCUCCAGUACCACUCGCGCCAUCGCUGCAUCCAUGGGUGGAGGCUCCUCGAUGUUGUGGAUGUCGCACAGUGCAGCCGCCACGACUUGAGUAUGAUGGCGCCAUGAAGAGGAGCCUCUCGCAGUCAAAGGAUCCGGACGCGCCAGGUGCAGGCGGUGAUGAGCACCUGGUCGGCAGUGCUCGAACGGUGGUCACGUACCAGACUCGACCAGCGAUUGCACCGAUCGCACCAACAUCGGCUGCAGUGCUGCGGCCAAACCCUGCUCCCGUGCGCAGUCAGGUUCUACCACCAGGCGCGAAAGGACACGUUCAUCAUGCUGCACCUCACGGAGCUUCGGGUGCUCAAGGUUAUCGGGCUCCGGCAGUCGCAUUCCAUAGCUUCACGCAGAUCAGCAGGCCUGCCACGACGAUGCCAGUGUCGACUGUGAGAGCUGUCCGCCAUUGA